GAGUCUGUUGCAACCAGAGAAGAAAAACAGCAGCAGGUGAAGGAGGUUUGUUGCUCACCAUGGUAGGGAAGCCAUCUGACCUGGAUAACAGGUUCAAACAUUUUGUGUUUUACUGCAAAAAUCACAAAAGCUGCGAAUCCACAUGUGCUCCUGUCCAAAAGUGAGGGCUGAUCUUCUCCUCGGGCUGAUCAGCAUGACAAAGCACUGGCCUGAGCAGACCCUCUUGGCACCACCACCCGUCCUGUCCCACCUUGGAGAACAUCUCGGCCAUCACCUUGACUUCCACAGAAAUGCGCAGCAGAGUUCCACAGCCCAACAUUGGUCUCCACAGCUGGCUCAGAUGGUUCCGCAGCAGUUGUUGUUGUUGAGCUUGGAGAACCCCGCAGAACAUCUCAGCAGUGCCACCACAUACAUGGAUAAAGUCGCACAGACGGGUCCUCAGGAUGCCCAAUUCAAGCAGGAAACUAUUGCCAGGGACUCCUGGAACAGUGAACGGGAGAAGAGUAGCACCAGCGGUGGGAAGAAGAAGAACUAUCAGCGGUAUCCAAAACCACCGUACUCCUACCUCGCUAUGAUUGCUAUGGUCAUCCAAAGGUCCCCAGAGAAGAAGCUGACGUUAUGCGAGAUCCUCAAGGAGAUCAGUACUCUCUUCCCAUUCUUCAAAGGAAACUACAAGGGCUGGCGGGAUUCUGUGCGACACAACCUCUCCUCUUAUGACUGCUUUGUGAAGGUGCUGAAGGACCCUGGGAAGCCUCAGGGCAAAGGCAACUUUUGGGCCGUGGAGUUGAGCCGUGUUCCUCUGGAGCUCCUCAAGAGGCAAAACACAGCUGUGUCCCGCCAGGAUGAGACAAUCUUUGCCCAGGAUCUGGCCCCUUAUAUCUUGCAGGGACACAAGCCAGAAUCGGAGCCACCACCUUCCCCCGUCACCCCCCUACCCGCCAUGUGCUCAAAAAACCCCUCCCCACCUCAAGGGGACUUGUUCCGACCAAAGCUGGACUCCUCCUUCGCCAUCGACUCUCUGCUACACAGCCUGCGGCCGCCUAGUGCCUCUGGGGAUGUGGAUGCGUCUACCAGGGACUGCUGGGGAAGGGUGGAGCGCCCCCCGUCUUCACCAUCUCCUAGACCUCGCUACGCCUCCUCUGCCCGUAGUGCCUCGGCCAGCUCUGCCAGCCCAGCCUCCACCUCCUCAUCUGAUGAGGAAUGGAAAGGCACUUCCCUGUCUGGGAAGCGUGUUCCUCUUGAUGGAGAAGCUGGGUCUGACGGUUACGAGGACUACAGACCGCCACUGCACAAGUCAGCCCGACGGGAGACGGUUGCACCUCCAUGGGAGCUCCCUACCUCAUAUGCCAAGUAUGCACCCCCCAAUGCCGUCGCCCCACCCAGCAUGCGGUUUAACGGAGGUCCUCUGAUGCCGCUGCAUGGCGGACUUCCCCUUUACGGCUACGGUAGCUCUCCUGUAGCACCGGGUCACUUCUUAGGGCAUGCCUAUUGGCCCAUACUCCCCAGUGGACGGGUUUCUGUCCAAGCCCCUCCCCUCAUCAUGGACCUGGACAACAUGUUGCAAUCUGUGCCUCCGAAUAAGAGUGUGUUUGACGUGUUGGUACAAACCAAUCAUAACUCUCACCCACAUCAUCAACCACCCAGUCAGUACACCCUACAGAAUGGUCCUCCCCUAAACAGGUAUCCCCAGUACUGACUGACUCUGAGAUACUGACUCGUUUCCUCAUACUGUGCCAUAGGACGGGAGGUUCAAUCAAGAUCCACAAAGAAAACAAAUUUCUGUUGCAGAUUCUGCUAAAUGGAGUUACACUACCUCCAGCUUUAGACUUAAUGAAUGUUUUAAUAUGCACAAAGAGCGCUGAACUACAGAGUGAAUAAUUGUUGGAAUCAAGAUUUUCAAAAGCAAAGACCUUUUUGUUUCUCAUCAUAUGUGGAGUAUUACCUGGUUUCAUUAGAGAAAAUGUGUCACAAACAGCUAUAUAACCUCUACCUCAGGCUUUCAGAGCGAUGCAGUGUGUAUUACUGCUGGCUCUUUUGCACUGUCAAUAGUAUUUGCACUGUUUUUUAUAUUGGCACAAAUUUGCUUUCUUACACAAUGUGCUUUUGCCUGUUGUCUUCCUAUUGUGACGGCUGAAUGUAUUGUCAUGUGAAAAACUAACAGCAGUGAGCUGGAUGGUCGAUGGUACAUACAGUAAAUUUGAGCGACAAAGUAUAGAAUGCAAUUCUUACAGUGUAGCCUGCAUUUUAAACAGAAUUUAGGAUUGUUGGGUAAAUAAUUAGUAUAAUUUUAUUGAAAACAUUUGUUUUUCCUUUUGUCGAGUGUGUCUGUGUGCACAGAUCAAUGUGUACACACACACACUUGUGUUAUUUGUGAGUUUUAGUUUGUUUGUACAGAUGGUUAAAUAUAUACAGGACCCGCUGUUUACAGUAAUGUUGUUCCUAUCUUAAAUUUCAGUAAAUCUGGACUGUCUGCUUUGGUCCAAUGAAGCUACAACAGCGGAUUAACCUGAUAAAUAGUAAAACUGCAUCUUAGCCUUAUAAGUGUCUUUUUAAUUUUAGUGUUGGACUAUUUUUUAACAUUACAAAACCAAUCCAAUAUGCUGCAUGUUGUCAGGACACUGGAGACAAUCAACUAUUACAACUACCACCAGUAUCUACCUCAGGUUUUUAAUGGGCUGAAACAAGUUUCUUGUGGACUAUUCACUGCCGUUUGUUUGCACUAUUUCAAUGUCAUUUUUAUCACCUUCCAAAGGAAAUUGCUUAUAAAUGUCUCCCUAUCUCCGUCAGGUGACAGUUUUGUUCGUUUUUUGCCAUUGUCAUGUGGUUUUGUUGAAGGAUUGUACAAUACUGAGCUGGAGUGAAAACAGCUCAGACGUUUAAGUAUCAAAAGAAGCUUAUGGUGUUGAA